AUGGCGCUAAGCGUUUUCUCCUCUCCGUCAUUCUCACCCUAGUUUUUCUUUUUACGUUUAGUGUAGUAUAGUUAGCUGUAAAAUUCAUUCUCGUAAUGGCUGCCACGCUAAAAGUGUAGCUUAUUGGUUAUGUCAUGAUCAAUAUAUCGGUUGAUGAAAGUUAUAAACGAACAACCCUACAAGUGUUUGAACAAUGAUCAUCUAAAAAGUGUCUUGGUAUCAAUCUCCCUGAAACGUUUCUUCUUUCAUGUUUCCUUUUUUGGCAAUUAAGUUAUGGACUCGGCAUUUGUGUACUAUAUAUUAUAAAAACAUAAUCUAUGCAACGUGAAAAGUGUGUUUCGGAACCAUAUUGAGUGUCAAGUGAUUCGAACAUCUUAUAAAAUGACGGACUUGAGAUCGUCGUCAGCUUUAUUCAAGAGAGCCGAACAGCUCAAAAGAUGGGAGGAAUCCGAUACCAACAGACAAUCGCCAACGCCGAGGCGAGCUUCGAGGAUUCAAUUUUCUUCUGGAGUCGUAUUUUUGGCGGCAUCGACGGCUGGAGACAAGGACGAGGUACAGAGGCUCCUGAGGAUGGGGGCCGACAUAAACACAGCAAACGUGGACGGACUAACAGCUCUUCAUCAGGCAUGCAUAGACGACAACCUGGAGAUGGUGGAGUUUCUGGUGGAGAACGGAGCCGACGUGAAUAGGGGUGAUAACGAGGGCUGGACUCCGUUGCACGCCACAGCAUCAUGCGGGUUCCUCAGCAUAGCUAGAUAUCUUCUUGAAAAUGGAGCUGAUGUGGCUGCAGUCAAUUCUGACGGUGAGCUGCCUCUGGACAUCGCUAAGGGGGACAAAAUGGAGGAGUUACUCCAAAAUGCUAUCGAUGAACAAGGUGUGGACUGUGAGAAGUCCCGUAACGCUGAGGUGGACGCGCUCAUGAGUGACGCCAAGAACUGGGCUGCCAACGGCUACGUUGAGGUUCGGGAUCCGAAGACUGGUGGCACGCCACUCCAUGUGGCUGCCGCGAAGGGGUAUAUCGAUGUGGCUACAACUCUACUGGAGGACUGUAAUGUCGAGCCGGACUGUGUUGACUACGAGGGCUGGACGCCGUUACACGCGGCGGCGUUGUGGGGCCAGAAGGAUGCGGCAGCCAUAUUGCUCAAAUAUGGCGCCGAUCCUAACCUUAAAAACUACUCGGGUCAAACCUGCAUGGACCUCGUAGACCCGAGUAUAUCGACGUGGCUGGCUGAGGCGUCUCUGAAGGCGCCUCGGCGGGUCAACAACAAUAACAACAACAACAAACGGAAACACAGCCCACCGAGACACGACGUCAAGAGGGUCGAGUUGCAGAUCACUGGCAAAGAUGAGAACAUUGUUAACGACAAACCGCCUGCGCCCGAAAUCAUACCGAAGAUAGCCGACAAGCCGCCAAAGCCACGGCCGCCAUCACCGGAAGUCAACGAACCGCCGCCGGACAACGACGAGGCGCCGUCGUGGCGGCGGUCCGCCUCCUUCCGGAAUCGCCAGCAGGACAAUAACCGUGAUUCGAAUCCAGCAAACAACAAUUUGGACAAUGACACGAUAUUAAGAAGGACACAUAGUUUUGAAAAUGACAAGAAUUUCUAUCAGCGGUACAAGGAUGUGACGGCGCGUAUAAAGGCGUCAUCAUGCCCUGUCAUACAACCGCUGUCGCAAACCACGCUAGCGGCCAUCGAGCUAAGGAAAAAGAGUCAAGAGACUAACAAUACAUCGACAGAUACUAACGAGGACAUUAAGAGCAGAAUAAACACAUGGAACACUCCUUCAACCAACACACAGACUACCGUAAGGAGCUCCGCGGAGAGCGUAGAGUCGAACAGUAGCAAUUCUACGCCGAGCUCGACUACGCCAACAAAGCUCUCCCCCGGCAACAUAUUCAAGAACUUCUUCAAGUCCUUCGUCCCGCCUGUCCGAGACGAAGAGAGUGAAACGCAGAGGAAGGCGCACGCGAAACGUGUGAGGGAGACAAGAAGAUCGACUCAGGGUGUCACUCUCGACGAGAUUAAAUCAGCGGAACAACUGGUCAAGAAGAAAACUGGAAAUGGCACAGUCGAUGCGCCACCUUCUCCGACGAAGAAAGAUGAACCAGCCACCGGAAAUUCGGAUAACACCGCUCGGGGUAUCCUCGCCGGCGGUGAAAUCGCUGUGACGCUCGCGCUCGCGACCGCGCCCGCCACCGCGACCGCUACCAUCGCCGCUAACACCGAGCGACGACCCUCGUGGCGGUUGAGACUAGACCCCACUAACAAGUUUGAGUUGGAAGAUGCGGGUCGUUCCUCGCCAAAAACCGCAACGGCUGCAGAAACGACCGUCACGUUGCCUCUACGCCGUCCGCCUACAACCAAUAACACGAGUAACACAAAUUCGUCGCCAACGAAGGAGGAGAGUCGCACAGAGGAUGAGAAAGAGCGCGAGAGCAGUUCAGAGAGCAAGUCCAGCGGCACUUCCCCGAGCACGCAGGCGGCGCUCAACGUGAUACAACGCCGGCGGCGGCCGAAACGCCGAUCCACCGGCGUCGGACACGUCGACAUGGACGAUAUCGUCAACGACCGCGGCGGGGGCGGAGAGGGCGACGGCGACGCAGACAAUGUUCAGUCUGGCAGCGAACGCACUGAAGAUGGGGACGAUCGAGAUUACAAGGCUCUAUACGAGCAGUCGCAGAGCGAGGUGCGGCGUCUACGUGCCUUACUACAAACCUCCGAGCAACAGCUGAGGGACUCCCGCGCUACUAUCACGAGGCUCACUCAAGUGAAUCAGAAUUCGUUGUCUGAAAUAGAGAAACGAGAAAAGAGAGCGAUGGAGAGGAAACUGUCAGAAAUGGAAGAGGAAUUGAAGCAAUUGCAAAAGUUAAAAGCCGAGAACGAAAGGCUGAGGGCUGAGAAUCGCGCUCUAACUCGGGUGGUCAGCAAAUUGACCAACUCUGCCGCUAAAUAGUACCAACAAGCCCUUCAAGUUGAGAAUCAACGGUUGAAGGACGAGAACGGAGCCCUCAUAAGAGUCAUCAGCAAACUGUCCAAGUGAAACUCGGCCAACCCACGACAAGUAAGGCCGUAGAAGUUUCCUAAACUAUCAUAGUCUGUACAUAACCUGGGAAUAUACGGAGUGUUAUUUACCGUGAGAGUUCAUACAUUUGUGGCGAUACGAAUUGUUCCCGACUAAAUCCUCUGUGUUGAUUCAUGUAUUCCUAAAGCUAAGCGUAAGAUAGGUUAGUUUAAUUUUUUAUUAGAGAUCACGAUAUACUUCAUAUUUAUAUUAUGUAUCUCGAAUGAUUAUAUAUUAUGUAUAGGUUAAAGCAAUAGUCACGAUUGGAAAUGUGAUAUCGAUUUCUUACUAAAUCUUUGAACAAGUAUGAAUUAAGUUUUUUUUAGCGUAGACUGUUUUGUAUAAUAACUGAUGAAUGACAAUCAUACAAAUGAAUGACAAUUUUCUAUUUUGCCAUUUUUUGGUCGUUUGACGGGGCAUAUAUCGAAGAUUUCGCUUGGCCCAUUUGUGACAGUCUGGGUUAUUGCCAGUUUGUUAAGAUAUCGUGCCUCCUCCGUCGUGAAUACGAGGGAAGAGAGAGAUGGCGUGAUCCAUGAUUCUCCUCCCACACAGACGCAGGUGGCCCGUAGUGGAAUUUAAAUGUUUUUACCGAUACUUAUUAUUAUUAAUAAUUAUUAUAUAUUAAUGUUUUCAAUAUAUUUGAAUUUUUUGUAUUGAAACAAACAAUACAACAGGUGCAUAAUAUUGAAAUAAAUCUCAUCCGACUAUGGAAAUUAUAUUCUCGUCUUAAUAAUUUUUGUUGAAAUCGAUCAAAGAUGUUUACACCAGCCAUGUUAUGUAUAACGGGAAUACUUUUUAAUGUAUUAUAAUAAUUAAAUGUAUAUGAUAUUUCGCUACACACGAAAUAUUAUUAUUUGUUAAAUAAUUUUGUGACAGAGUAUUUAAAGCGAUUUAAAUGUUAUUUUGUGUAUUUGAGAUAGUAUUUUCGAUUUAUAUUAUAAACCCCUUACUAAUAAAAGAAGUUAUACAACGUGUGAGAUAUUCAAUGUUUCUUAUUAGAAUUUUUCGAGCGAUUUUUUGUAUUAGACAGGGCCAAAACAUAAGUUGGCGUAUCCGUUGUAUAAAUUUUUUUAUUAGUAAGGGAGUAAAUAAGUUAAUAUGCGUCGUUUUGUUACAAAAGUAUUACAGAUGCAUUUGAGAUCCGACAGCGGAACUGUCAACUUUUGAAUCUAGUUGCCAUACAGAAUCAAUUGAAAAGUUUAUACGUAAAUCUUGCUAUGAAUUGUGAUGUAUUUUAUUAUUGAAACAAUAUAAACCACCUUAUUAAUACAAAUGCCUAAAUGAUACCUCAUACAUUAUUUUGUUCUUGUCUAGACAAGAAUGGCCGGUUUUUUGACAGCAAUUUAUAUAUUUAUUAGCACUUUUGAUUGGCUAACGCCAAUACAUUGGCCAAUCAUCGAAGCUGUUCAAUAGAUAAUCUACAGUUAAAAAAACUCAAAAACGGUUCAUAGGAGGUUAGAAAAUAAGCUUCAUAGAUAAGUACAAAACAUUGUAUAGCAUAAUAUGCAAUAGGUUUUUUUAUUAUUAAGGUGGUAUGUGUCCAACGUGUUAGGUUCUGUGUUUUUAUCGAUGUCGACCCAACACUAGUUAUCGUACAAAACACAUUUUUUAUAAGCUAUGACUAAAAUUACAUAAAAUACGCACAUUGGACCUAAGUGUUUCGAUUUUAU